GUCCGCCGUUGGUCGCAACGACAUUCGAGUGUUAUACGUUGGCCUACGUUGGCCAGUCGCGCGAUCGCCAUACGCCAUGUCGUCAACACUGUUCGCGGCCGCGGGUGUUCUGUACCUGACCGUGUGUUGUUCGGCCGAGCUCAGGGCGGUGUACCAUUGGGAAAACAUCGACCUGACGCUCCGCGACCAAGACCUGUCCAGGCUGGAGUCGUACAUACCCGAGAACAACCUCGUGCACAGGCUCAGGAUAUGGAACAACACGCUGUACAUGGCCGUGCCGCGGUUCAGGCCCGGCGUGCCGGCCACGUUGUGCCGGAGCUCGCGCGGCGCCAUCCAGCCGUUCCCGUUGCUGGGCAUGCAGCAGGUGGGCGUCUGCUUCGGGCUGCAGAACGUCAAGGACAUCGAGGUGGACCACGUGGGCCGGCUCUGGGCGCUGGACGUGGGCAAGGUGUACGACAUGUACCUGGCCAACCACACGUGCGACCCCAAGCUGGUGGUCAUCGAUCUGAGCACGGGGUGGAUCGUCCGGUCGUCGGUGCUGCCCAGCACCAUGUACACCGUGCAGAGCGUGCUCAGCGGUCUCACCGUCGACCUGAAGACGAUGGUGGCCGUCGUUACCGACCUGGGGCCCGACCCCGGCUUUAUCUCGUACAACUUCCAGACGGGCGUGUACCAGAAGUUCAGCUGCAAGCUGCUGUACGGCAAGAAGGGCUACGACGAGGCGCAGCUGACCGUGUCGGCCAUCGAUAGCCUGCUGUACUUCACCACGGUGCAGCUGGACAGGCUGUACACGAUACCGAUGAGCGUGUUCGACGCGCCGCUGCUGGACGACGUCAGCCGGCACGUCAAGGACCAGGGCGCCAAGUCGGACAAGUCCACCGCCAUGACGCUGGACACGGCCGGCAACCUGUACUUGGCCAUGCCCCGCAAGGUGGUCAUGUGGAACACGCUCAAGCAAAGCUUCGCCGUCAGGGAGCUGUACAUACAAGACCUGCGGCUCGAGUGGAUCACCAGCAUGGCGUUCGACACGCACGGCUUCUUGUGGAUAAUCACGUCGGCUUUCCGCAGCUUUCUCGACGGGUCGGAACCGAAAAAGCUCAACGUGAAAAUAUACAAAAGGUACUGCGGCACGACCGCGUUCGCGCUGCAGAACACUUUCGUCCCAAUGAACACGACCAACUUGACGAAUUCGGCGAGCAGAGCAGGCCCGUUGCUCGUGUCCGUUUUAGGCGCAAUAAUUGCGUUGCACGGAAUUUUCAAAAUUUGUUAAGUCCAAUGUAAACUUAGGCUUAGAUGUCAUUCACUUGACAUAAAUAGAGCCCUGAGCUUCAUAUUAUAGUAAUAGAGCUUAGCAGUGAAUUCAAGUACUGUAAAUACAAUUUUUUUUUUUUUUUCAUAAUGUGUAAACACUAUAAAAUGUAACAGUACCUAAUUUUAUAUGUACUCAGGCAUUACAUUGUAUCACUCAGGAAUAAAUUACAAAUCUAUUACACAUUGUACUAAAUUUAGUGUCUACUGUAAAUUAUAAUUUUAAUCAUACGUUUAAAUAUGUGUGUGGUAAAGUUUGUUACCUGCAUAACUAGCAAAAUGUAAUGAGCGAAUUUGAAAUUUUUAACAGCGUGCGUUAUUAGCCGUACCCUGUCAAGCGGUUUUACCCGUAGACACUUUAAUUUUUAGUUUAGUAAACAUUCUUGUAUGCUAACCCCGUUGUAUUAUUUACGCUGUGAACAAAAAUAAGGAUACAUUGAUGACCAUUGAAAUUAUUUUUAUUUUAAUAAUAUAUUAUAUUUUAAGCCAAGAACCCGCUUUGCCUUUGUCGUAAAUUGAGUAGUAAAAUUAUAUAAGUAACGCGUGUUAACACGGCUGUAUUUUCCCAAUGUAAAUAUGAAUAUUUUAAAAGGAACUAAGUACAAUACAUCAUUGAUUUUUUUUUUGAUAAUUAAACAGCUUAUUAUGUUUUCAACCUCGAGUGGAACGUUUCCGACCGAGAACAAGGUUACGCUAAUGUUUACCUGUUGUCUACCUGUACUAACGUAUUUAAGUAGAAUACACAAAGAAUAUUAAAUGUACGUCAACACUUACUGGCAUGCAAAUUAAUUAAUUUUAGUGAACCCGUAUUAUUAAGACACAAUGUUUUAAACAUAAAAACUACACCUUGAGUUGAGAUAACACAUAACAGACUUUAAUUUGUUUAUAGUAAUAAAUAUAUCUUAUCAAUAAAGUUUAAGUAUUUUACCUGAAACGUUUUAUGUGUAGGUAAGUUAACUAUCAUAUUCAAUGCCCGCCUCAACAAAUUUCAAUAUAAAAC